GGCGGUGGGAAAGAUGGCGGCGCCUCGGAGACCCUCCUGGUGGCAGCGGUGGUGGCAGCGCGAGUGGGCUCGGGACGGGGCCAGGCUUUUGCUCUUUCUCCUUCUGUUGGGGUCUGGGCCAGGGCCGCGGCAUGUCAGGGCGGGUCAAGCGGUGGAGUACUUGAAACGGGAGCACUCGCUGUCGAAGCCCUACCAGGGUGUGGGGACGAGCAGUUCGUCGCUGUGGAACCUGAUGGGCAACGCCAUGGUGAUGACGCAGUACAUCCGACUCACUCCAGAUAUGCAAAGUAAACAGGGUGCCUUGUGGAACCGGGUGCCGUGUUUCCUGAAGGACUGGGAACUGCAGGUGCACUUCAAGAUCCACGGCCAAGGGAAGAAGAAUCUGCACGGAGACGGCUUGGCAAUCUGGUACACGAAGGACCGGAUGCAGCCAGGGCCUGUGUUUGGAAACAUGGACAAAUUUGUGGGGCUGGGAGUGUUUGUAGACACCUAUCCCAAUGAGGAGAAGCAGCAUGAGGCCCAGAAGAGGCGCUAUUCUCCGGGAGUGCAGCGGGUAUUCCCCUACAUCUCAGCCAUGGUGAACAACGGCUCCCUCAGCUAUGAUCACGAGCGGGACGGGCGGCCCACAGAGCUGGGGGGUUGCACAGCCAUUGUCCGCAAUAUCCGUUAUGACACCUUCCUUGUGAUUCGCUAUGUCAAGAGGCAUCUGACGAUAAUGAUGGAUAUUGAUGGCAAACACGAGUGGAGGGACUGCAUUGAGAUGCCCGGGGUCCGGCUGCCCCGGGGCUAUUACUUCGGCACUUCGUCCAUCACUGGGGAUCUCUCUGAUAACCAUGAUGUCAUUUCCCUGAAGCUGUUUGAACUGACUGGAGUGAGGACCCCAGAAGAGGAGAAGCUACAUCGAGAUGUGUUCCUGCCCUCAGUGGACAAUCUGAAGCUGCCAGAGAUGACAGUACCGCCAACGCCCCUGAGUGGCCUGGCUCUCUUCCUUAUCGUCUUUUUCUCCUUGGUGUUUUCCGUAUUUGCCAUUGUCAUUGGGAUCAUACUCUAUAACAAAUGGCAGGACCAGAGCCGGAAACGCUUCUACUGAGCCCACUGCUGUCCGUCAGUCCCUCUACUGUGUUUACCAGAAGGUGUGGGUCUGAGCAUACAACCGAGCAGUCGGCCUGCUGUUCAGGGACUGUGUUCUGUCACUGGAGCUUCGAAUGCAGGGACCCUGCAUCUUCACGGUCAUCCACAGGAACAUCUUCACUAGGACACCACAGAGCCGAGCAGCUGUGGUGUGCCUUUCCUGGAGUCCCUCCACUUAGGUGUGAAGAGACAUGGAGAAAUAUCUAUUGUGACACCUAAAUUAUAGAAUUGGGCAGAUAACCCAAGUGUGGAGUAGGCACAGUAGGCCUUCCACUGCAUUUUAAAAUUCCCAAAUAGAAAACCAGACCUGGUACAAUCUGGAGACCCACUUACUAGUCUUUGCUUUUGCCCAAGCCUCUCUACUUUGGGCACUCCUUGGCAACCUGGAUGGCAAAGGAGACUUCUCCUUCUCCUGCCUGUCUCCCACCCUCACAGUCCUCAUUAUAUGCAUCCUUAGCUAGGAAAGAAGUUUGCCCUCCCAUUCGGUGGCCCCGGGCUUCCUGCAGUCGCUCGUGGCUUCUGCCUCUUCUCUGCUGGGUGGGCCCUGUUUCUGACUGGCUGUGUCUUCAGCAAAGCCCUUCAGGCCUUUGGAUGGUUUGGCUAAUCAAAUCAAGAGAAGCAUGGACGAGCUCCCAGAUGCUGUGAGGUUGGCUGGAAUUGUCCAGGUCCAGUGUGCCUGAGAGCAGCGCUGGAAGUGUCUGACCACCUAGAAUCUCUCUGGACCUGCUGGAGCCUGCAUGGUCGCAUGCUUUGUGUUUGGCCUGACUCUUGGGAUUCUGCUUUGAAGGUUGGAAGUAAAAAGCAGCUUUCUUCUUGUUCCCUGGACUUGGGCACGCCCCCCUGAGCUAAGAGAUUUGGACAUUCUCCCAAGUCAUUUGGCCUCUUACUGAGAAGAGACAGUUGAUCUGUUUCAAAUCUCUGAGAGCGAAAGCCCUCCAUCCUCUGUGCCUGGAAAAUUUCUGGUCAAGCAGCAGCACAGCUCGAGUGCCCUUGUGUGUCACCUGUCACACUGCCUUAUUCCACAUGUGUCACAUGCUGCUCCCCUAUCUGCCCUGUGAUUAAAUUGGUAACAGGCUAGUCUCCUUGGAGGGCCUGACACAGAUCUGUAGCCCGAGGAAAAGGCUUCAUAAAGUAGCUGAUGGAACCAGUCAUGAGUUCUAGCUCAGUGACCUUCUUGUAGUGUGGCCUUGGUUGGAGGCUCCAGCCUGGUUCCUGAGCCUCAGGUGUGUCUGCUCUCAGCCUACUCCUCCUGGAUGGCUGGGAAACUUCUCAUGCCAUCCCUCACCCCACCCAUCCACAGAGUCAGAGGAAGGGUCACCCUGGCUGCAGGGGAGAGUCCAUCUUCUCAGCCCUGAGAAGGCCAGAGACAGGGUUUCUCUGUGUAGACCUGGCUGGCAUCGAACUCAGAAAUCCACCUGCCUCUGUCUCCCAAGUGCUGGGAUUAAAGGCCUGUGCCACCACCGCCCGGCUCAGCUCUUUUUUUUUU